AUGUCUUUGAGAAAUUCAGACAUCAAAGCGCCGCAGCAGUCCCGUCUGUUGGCCGAGCCACAGCCUCAAGGCCUGACAACAUCCACCACGGAAGCCGACGUGGAGUCAGCAGAGUACUCUGGCCCUGUCAUCGAGGCACAACCUCGAGAGACGGCAUCGUCUAGCAAGGAAACCAAAAUUGAAAAUCAAUCCUCACGUCUUCCGAUCGACUCACAAGCUCAAAGCGCCACACCCAGUGAAAACAUCGAAUCGGACGCAACACAGCCUUCACUCGUUGCGAUGCAGCCACAACCUCAAGUUGAAAGCGACAACCCUGAAUUUGCAUCAAGCCAGCACGACCCUGGACCGAUAGACACUGAAGCUCCAACACAUUCCGACGAGGAGAACAUUCAUGCAGAUACUGCUGUCUUUUCAGUCUCUGGCAACCUUCUGACGUUGAGACAUUCUCCGUCAUUCGACAGCGAUCAUUCUCCAUUUGCAUCGAGCCAUGACAGUCUCAAUUUGCUUGAUGAAGAUGCUCCACCAAUCCCGGGUGAUUCUCAUGGGUCCAACAACGAUGAAGCAGCAUUUGCUUCAAACGACAACAAUUCUGAAGGAUCGACAGAUUCGGGAACAACUGUUUAUGUGGACGCCGUUGCUUCUUUGAGUCUCGGUGUCUCCGAUAACGUCCUGGCUUCGAGCAACGAUCAAGCAGGGUUUGCAUCGAGCUAUGAAAGUUUCAAUUUCAUUGAUCACAAUGCUCCAGAUCUUCCUGGGUCCAGCAACGACGAAGCAGGAUUUGCUUCAAAUGAUAACAAUUCGGAAGGAUCGACAGCUUCGGACGAGACCACCAUUUACAUAGGCUUUGAUGCUUCUUUAAGCCCCGAUCUCUCUGGUGGCUUCGUGGCUCCAAGCAAUGAUCAAGGGGAAUCCGCAUCGAGCGACAACGGCUCAGGCCGGGAAGACACGGACGCUCUAACAUCGGAUGACACUAUUCCUGAUGACCAGCACGACUCGAGUACCGGAUAUGGGGACGGCGAGGGUGAAGGAUCUGACGAUGACCCAGCGAACAUUGUGUGGCAGAGCUAUGAUGAAACCAACAGAUGGUGGUACACAUCAGACUCACGGCGCUAUAAAUGGGAUGACUCGACUGCUUCAGACCACUCUCUCGCGGCACCGUUGGUCCCACCUCCGGUGCCCCAGAUCAUCAUCACCCCGCCCGACCACCAGGUCCGGGUUUCGCUUCCCCCAAUCGACUACGGUCGGUUGCGACCGAGGGGCAACCUGCCCCUCGUUGAGAUCCUCCCAGCUUCCCGGAGAGUUCGCGGAGGGGCCCCUCCUGGCUUCGCUCCUGAGUCUUCACGUGCCGGUGAGGCCCGGGCCCGGGGCCUCAAUCAAGGCUCAUCUUCCAGUGAGCCCACUCCGAGGCUUUUUGGCCUCACAAGUGAGGAGGAGGUGAGCGAGAUCGCUCACAUCGAGGAUGUCGGAGGAUAUGACUCCGACUCCUAA